AUGAGGCGUUUGGGUGCAGGAGGAGGUACGUUCCUGCGCAAGCGCUCCAGGCGCCCAGGUGAGCUGCCGGGGGCGGAGCCAGGCCGCACCACCAGCAGCAUCUUUGGAGGGGGAGGCCAGCUGGUGCGGAGACGGCUGCAAGUGAAGAGGAGGAGGCUAGGGGGAGGCUGUCAUCCCCGCACGGUCAUGUCCUCCACCGCUCAGCCCGUCGUCUCCUCGGCGGCCGUGGGGAUCCUGGCAGCCACCUCGUCCAAGACUAAGACCAAGAAGAAGCACUUCGUGCAGCAGAAAGUCAAAGUGUUCCGGGCCAGUGACCCGCUCAUCAGUGUCUUCAUGUGGGGAGUCAACCACUCGGUGAAUGAACUCAAUCAAGUUCCUCUUCCAGUGAUGCUGCUGCCAGAUGAUUUCAAGGCUAAUUCAAAAAUUAAAGUCACCAAUCACCUUUUCAACAGGGAGAACUUACCCAGUCACUUCAAAUUCAAAGAGUACUGUCCACAGGUUUUCAGAAAUCUCCGUGAGCGUUUUGGUAUAGAUGAUCUGGAUUACCAGGUCUCUCUGACACGCAGUUCUCCGUAUGGUGAAAGUGAAGCUCACAGUGGACUCUUUCUCCUGUCCUAUGAUAAAACCUUGGCAGUUAAAGAGAUAUCCAGUGAAGAUGUUGCAAACAUGCAUAGUAUUCUAUCUGAUUAUCACCAACACAUAGUGAAAUGUCACGGGAGCACACUGCUGCCACAGUUUCUUGGGAUGUACCGUCUGAGUGUGGAGAAUGAAGACUCCUAUAUGCUAGUAAUGAGGAAUAUGUUCAGCCACAGGCUUACAGUCCACAAGAAGUAUGAUCUCAAGGGAUCAUUGGUGUCUCGUGAAGCUAGUGAUAAAGAAAAGGUAAAAGAAUUGCCAACCUUGAAAGACAUGGAUUUUUUAAACAUGAGCCAGAAAGUGUAUGUUGAUGAGGAGCAGAAAAAAGUCUUCAUGGACAAGUUGAAACGAGAUGUGGAGUUUCUGGUUCAACUGAAAAUAAUGGAUUAUAGUCUGCUGCUGGGAAUCCAUGAUGUUUUCCGCGGAGAGCAAGAGGAAGAUGAAGAAUUGGAAGAGGAGGAUGCUGAAAAUGACGGGCCAGUGCUUAGCAAUGUCGGAUCAUAUGGGACAUCCCCAGAAGGAAUUGCAGGGUACCUGAACUCCCAUAAACCACCACUGGGCGCUGGUGAAUUUGAACCACUCAUUGAUGUGUAUGCCAUCAAAAGCUCUGAUAGUGCUCCUCAGAAAGAGGUAUAUUUCAUGGGGCUGAUUGACAUUCUAACACAAUACGAUGCAAAGAAAAAAGCAGCACAUGCAGCCAAGACCGUGAAACAUGGGGCUGGAGCUGAGAUCUCUACAGUUCAUCCUGACCAGUACGGGAAGAGAUUCCUGGAGUUCGUCACCAAUAUCUUUGCUUAAAACAUCAAUACAAAGGACAUUUUUGUAAUGGAGAACACUUUGUAACUAUAAUUUUGUAAUCUAAAUAGAAAAAUACCCUUUUCAAAGUAAA